AUGAAGCUAUCCAAACCCUCCUUCGGCGUCGACUCCUCCCUCGACUCCCGCCACUGCUACGAAACCUCCUGGCUCCUAAACCCUCUCCCCUUCGCUCUCCUCCGCGCCCUAAUCGCCCUCUACAUCUUCGUCACCAUCUUUUUCAUCUGGGGCUGGGACGGCACCCACGGCGACUCCGACGCCAUUGGUCACAGCUUCAGCUACUUCACCUGGCUCACGUACUGGGGUCUGGGCUUCUAUUAUCUCGUCGCGGCAAUCCAUACCGCAUGCUACGCACGCACGGGGCGCUCCGUGCUCUUCGACAGACUGCCUCGUGCGCUGCGCGCCCUGCAUGCGAUUUUCUACACGACCAUCACUACCUUUCCGUUUCUCGUGACGAUCGUGUUUUGGGCGAUUCUGUUCGAGCCGCCGUGGUAUACGCGGACUUUUGAGGCUUGGUCGAAUAUCUCCCAGCAUGGCCUCAACUCCCUCUGGGCCCUGCUGGAAAUCAUCCUUCCCACCACGAACCCACAUUCGCUUCUGGCGUUUCCGGUUUUGGUGCUGAUUCUCCUGCUGUAUGUCGCGCUCGCGUACUUGACCUUCCACACUGAGGGGUUCUACACCUACUCGUUCUUGGAUCCUGGUCCGGACGGCGAGCAUAGUGGUCGCGUGACGGCUUACUGCUUUGGGAUCUUUGCAGCGAUCCUGGUCAUUUUCAUUCUCUCGUGGGCUGCUAUUUGGUUGAGGCGAAGGCUGACCCAUGGAAUGAUCAAGAGGUCGGUCUACGACAAGGAGGAGAACGUUCCUGAGAUGCGGUAUGUCGGAGUUUAG